AUGUGGAAACGAUUCGUUCUCCACAAACGAUCUCGCCAUCGCGCUUUCUCUCUCUCUCUCUCUCUCUCUCUCUCUCUCUCUCUCUCUCACACUUGGAAAGAGGUGAUCUGGUGGACACGCGCUUGGCCCUCGUUGUCGUCGUCGUCGUCGUCGUCGUCGUCGUCGUCGUCGUCGUCGUUGUCGUCAUCGUCACCGUUGUCGUCGUUGUUGUCGUCGUUGUUGUCGUCGUUGCCAUUGCCGUCGUCGUCGCCGUCGACGUCGACGUCGUCGUCGUCGUCCCCACGAAUUCCAGGGAUCAAUGCGUCGGUGCAGCAAAACGCCUGCGCCACCCUUCCCACUAUUAAAUCCCCACCAUGA